AUGCAGCGUAUGCACGGGGUGCAGCCUUCGAAUGAAAUGCAGUUUUCGCAUGGAGUGCAGCCUUUGGAUGGAGUGCAACCGUUGCUCGGAGUGCAACCUUCGCACGGAGUACAAUCCUUGCUCAGAGUGCAACUUUGCUCGGAGUGCAACCUUUGCUCGGAGUGCAACCUUCGCUCGGAGUGCAGCCUUCGCUUGGAGUGCACCCUUUUCUCGGAGUGCUGCCUUCGCAAGGCGUGCAGCCUUCACAAGGAGUGCAGCCUUUGCAAGGAGUGCAGCCUUCGCAAGGAGUGCAGCCUUCGCAAGGAGUGCAGCCUUCGCAAGGUGUGCAGCCUUUGCAAGGAGUCCAGCCUUUGCAAGGAGUGCAGCCUUCGCAAGGUGUGCUGUCCACGCAAGCCUUGCUGUCCUCGCAAGCCGUGCUGUCCUCACAAGCUUUGCAGUCCUCACAAGCUUUGCUGUCCUCGCAAGCUUUCCUGUCCUCGCAAGCUGUGCCGUCCUCGCAAGCUGAGCCCUCCUCGCAAGCUGUGCUGUCCUCGCAAGCCGUGCUGUCCUCGCAAGCUAUGCUGUCCUCCGCAAGCUGUGCUGUCCUCGCAAGCUGUGCUGUCCUCGCAAGCCGUGCUGUUCUCGCAAGCCGUGCUGUCCUCACAACCUGUGCUGUCCACGCAAGCUGUGCUGUCCCCGCAACCUGUGUUGUCCUCGCAAGCUGUGCUGUCCUCGCAAGCUGUGUGUCCUCGCAAGCUGUGCCGUCUUUGUAAGCUGUGCCGUCCUCGCAAGCUGUGCCGUCCUCGCAAGCUGUGCUGUCCUCGCAAGCUGUGCUGUCCUCGCAAGCUGUGCUGA